ACUUUUCUACCUGGUGUGCCUCGCUGCCCUAAUAACCGAAAGCGGAAAUAUUAAAGAUGUUUAAGUUAACAAGACUUAUCGCUCGAAAUGCAAAUGUGGGUAGUUUGAGGGGCACGCAACAACUAUUACCUCGCUUGUUCGCCAAUGCGCCUGCUGUGAGUGAGGAGGAAAACACAGCCACAACAAAAAAUGCCGACGAACCUAUUGAUAUACCAAAUCCCUUUGAAAAGGACCCACAGCAGUGCAUAUUGUGCAAGCACAACAUAACACCGCACUACAAGAACGUAAAGCUGCUGUCCCAGUUCCAAUCGCCCUACACGGGUCGCAUUUACGGCCGCCACAUAACCGGGUUAUGCAAGCAGAAACAGGAGGAUGUGGAGAAGGCGAUAAUACGCGCCCAACGCUGCCUGCUAAUGCCGGGCUACCACAAGGAUUUGGACUUCCUGCAAGAUCCCAAGCUCUUCGAUCCUGAAAAGCCAGUGCGCCCACAUAAAUAUUAGACACACGUUUUUCGUUUUGUUUUGUUUGCCGAAAUACAUUUUAAUACUAAUUGUA